AUGGCUACCGCAACUGUGACCGAAGUCAUCACGAAAACCCUCCAGGCGACAACCUCCCCUAGCGCCAGUACUGUCCGAGCAACUCCCCAGGGCGGCGUCUUCGAGCAUGUCAAUCCGACUCAAUAUGACCCCAAAAACCCUCUCACCCUGUUUGUCAUCCAGGCCAGCAUUGUCAUUAUUCUCACUCGGAUCAUUCACAUCCCUCUCGCAUACCUCCGACAGCCCAGAGUCAUCGCAGAAGUCAUUACCGGAAUCAUAUUAGGACCAUCGAUCAUGGGCAGAAUACCAGGCUUUACGAAGCAUAUCUUCCCAACAGCAUCAAUGCCCGCCUUCUCUCUGGCUGCGAACCUGGGAUUGGUCCUUUUUCUGUUCCUGGUCGGAUUAGAGGUGGACUUGCGAUUUCUUGUGAGGAAUUGGCGGAUCGCCUUAAGUGUCGGGGCUGCUGGAAUGGCUUUGCCCUUUGGUCUCGGCGCGGCGAUUGCUUGGGGCCUGUACAACGAGUUCAGGAAUGAUUCCGACGUGGCUCCUAUCAGCUUUGGAGUGUAUAUGCUUUUCAUCGGUGUGGCUAUGGCGAUCACGGCGUUUCCCGUCCUCUGUCGUAUCUUGACAUCCCUGAAGCUGCUUAGCACUCCUGUCGGGGUGAUUGUCCUCUCGGCUGGGGUCGGGAACGAUGUCGUCGGGUGGGUUCUGCUUGCUCUUUGCGUUGCCCUCGUCAACUCUGGCGCCGGGCUCACCGCACUGUGGAUUCUGCUUGUCGCUAUCGGAUACAUCCUAUUCGUGACCUUCGCCGUCAGGCCCUGCUUCAUUUACCUUCUCAGAAGGACUGGAAGUCUUGCCAAUGGUCCAACCCAGUCUAUUGUUGCCUUGACGGUUCUGCUCGUCCUUGCCUCGGCCUUCUUUACUGGAAUCAUUGGGAUCCAUCCUAUCUUCGGGGCUUUCAUUAUUGGCCUGAUGGCACCACACGAAGGCGGAUUUGCGGUCAAGCUCACAGAGAAACUCGAGGAUCUUGUCAGCGUAUUGUUUCUUCCCUUGUACUUCGCGCUGUCCGGGCUCAGCACGAAUCUAGGCCUUCUCGACAACGGGAUCACCUGGGCAUACGUGGUUGGUGUGUGUGCAAUCGCAUUUUUUGGGAAGAUUGUUGGUGGUACAUUGGCAUCGCGGCUGAACGGUCUUGUCUGGCGGGAGUCCCUCACCAUUGGCUGUCUCAUGUCGUGCAAAGGGCUGGUGGAGCUGAUCGUGUUGAACAUUGGUCUACAAGCCAAAAUUCUGACCACUCGAACGUUUACCAUUUUUGUCGUCAUGGCUCUUGUCACCACCUUCGCCACGACACCGUUGACAACAUGGCUGUAUCCCCCUUGGUACCAGCAGAAAUUGGAAUUGUGGAAGCAAGGCAAGAUUGACUGGGAUGGAAACCCACUCCAUCACGACGGCGACCACGACGACAGCAGCGAAGCUGACACAUUGGCUAAGACCGUUGUGGCACGGAGAGUCCUCGUAUACCUUCGCUUGGACGGUCUCCCAAGCUUGUUCACUCUGGUCUCUCUUUUCGCUCACAAGCGGGACGAGCUUGAUGGCCUUCCGCCACAGGCCAACAACCAGCCCUGGGCCAAAGACCGAGAAGUCACGCAAAACACGCAAGCCAUGGCCUCAUUGGUAACCCUUCGGCGACCCCUCCAGAUGCACGCCUUACGCCUCAUGGAACUCACGGAGCGCGGGUCCAGCGUGAUGCGUGUUACCGAGAUUGAAGAGUUUGCUGGUCGAGACCCCGUCAUCAAAGCCUUUGGUACAUUUGGGCACACUCGCGACAUCGCCGUUACCGGGCAGAUUGCGGUUGUACCGGAGCACUCUUUCUCAAGCACGCUCCUGUCUCGCGCGCAGGACCUGCGGUCCGAUUUGAUCAUCAUCCCCUGGUCUGAAACCGGGUCCAUGUCCGAGUAUGCACAUAUUUUCGACGAUAAGCCUGGCGACCCGCUCGCAAACAAGGAGUUUGGGGCGCUUGUGAGCCAGAUGUUUGAUCAAGCACGUCGAGCGUGUCACGUCGCCGUGUUCAUCGACCCUAGUGUCCUCUCCGGACCGGGUACCGCCACGGCAGACUCGCCCGUUCAUGGACGACAGCCUCAACAACUAAGCCCAACCAUGACAGGAAAGAGCAAUGUCGAGCACGUGAACGCUACCGUGCAAUUCAAACCUGCAGAUAGCGGACGAUACAGGCUUUUGGUGCUAUACCAAGGCUACGACGAUGAUCUGUUUGCAGUCCGUCUGGGAUUGCAGCUCGUUAAAAACGAAAUGGUCGACCUACAUAUCCUCAACGUGCGCAUGGCCGACGACGACGACAUCGAAGAGUAUUCCAAGGAAACAGGCCUUCACGGCUCGAGGACACGCUCAGACCACGAGUUUUACCUUCUACGGACGUGCAUUCCCGAGGGUAUGCGUGAGAGAGUCUCCAUUGUCGACGUCGACGUCGGCAUCUCCGGCAUCGAAGCAGUGCUCGCCGCCAUUGCACAGCCCAGCGCCGCCGAGACGGUUGUGCUGGUCGGCCGCACUACCCCGGCUUUCGGCACUGGCGAGCAUUCAUUAUCCAGCUCCCAGGUUAUGGCUGGAAGUACUAGCCGGGAUGAGUCUCGCACACUCGGUCCUCUGGCGACAAGCCUGGUCAAGGCAGUGAACGACAGACAGCUCAACGCCGGGCUACUGGUCGUGCAGGCUCGCAGGGAGCCUGACGAGGCCGGGCCGACAGCUCCCAGUGCGGGCGUCAAAGGCUUGUCGCAGUUGAACAGGACGAGCACCUUCGGUACUGAUUAG